AUGAACGACGGAAGAUCGAUAUCCCCCCAAUUCAGUCGCUCGUCUGCAACUUCGACAGGAAGGUUCGGCUCUUCGCGGCGACCUAUGCCAUUCCCAGCAGCAAUCCAUAGCUUCGCAGACGAUUUGGAUACUUCUGAAGAGCCUCUCGUACACUGCAACUCUACACGUCAUCUCAGUAACGACCCUGCCACCGAGCGAGCAACUGCAGUCUCGAAUCACAGCCCGGAUGUCGUAAGUUUUGAGAAAGCGAGCAAAACGUCUUACCGACUUGGCAAAACCAUGCUCUCAUGGAUUUUCGAGAUUCUCGCAUUGAUCGCAAGCAUCGCCUCGAUCUCCGCGAUAGUUAUCAUUCUCAUUGGCCAAAACAACAAGCCGAUCACAGCCUGGACAUUCAUCUUCACGCUCAACACAUGGGUUGCCGCUCUCGGCACGGUAGCAAGAACUACUCCGGCGUUUGCUAUGAGUGCCUGCGUUGGACAGCAGAAAUGGAGCUGGCUUCGUCGAAGGUCAGACUCAGUGCUAGCAUUCGAAAGGUUCGACGAAGCGAGCCGAGGACCCUGGGGCGGAUCUCGUCUUUUCGUUUGGUUGCGUUUCAGACAUUGGGCAGCGCUGGGUGCUCUGAUCACCGUAGGUACAGUCGCAUUCGAUCCCUUUUUCCAGGCGGUUAUUUCUACCUACGGAAAACUCCAUGAUAUAGCAGUAGGCUCUAACGCUGUCGAUAUCGGGUCGUUGUCUAACGCUACCAUCGGUCGAGCUUUGAGAGUUGACGGCGGAUACAUAAUCGAAAAUCCAGGCGGACCCAGUCGGCCAGACUUUGGUAUUGUCAGCUCUGUCAAUGCAGGGUUCUACAAUGCAUCCACGAACACCCCCAACACUGUCGCCUUUACUUACGCUACUGGUAACUGUAUCUGGCCAGCAUUUGUCUCGGCUGCUGUGUGCAGUUCCUGCAAAGAUGUCUCUGAUACCCUCGUGUUCAAUGGGACGCAAGGAUCGAAUGGGUCGAAUAUCCCAGGCCCCACCAAUAUUCACUUCGAUGGACCGUACUCCGUGUUCUCCCUACCAGAGACUGAGAUCAAGAACUUCAACGGGUUGUCGAAAGUAGACGACGACGAUUGGUACAAGUACACUACCGGCGCUGAAUCAGGGGUCCCCCGAACCUUUAUGACAGUAAAGACUGGGUCUACUGCACGGCAAACUCUAAAACAUUCGGAUGUGCAAACUCUGAUGAUGAGCUUCAAAAUCAUCAGAGCUGCUGAUGACUGGGUCAAAUCAAGAGUGCCAUGGGAGUCGUCACAUCCUGUUGCAACAGAAUGCGCGUUGUAUUUCUGUUCGAACAUCUACCAAGCCAGCAGCAGGAACGGUCUAGUCGAAGAGAACGUCAUCGGGUCUUGGGCUGUUCGAGACCCUGACUCACACAAGAUAUACAAGACCCUCGGAUCUCUAGAUUCGGAAGACGAAAAGUACAUUGAUAGCACCGGGUACGACCUAUACAAUCCUACAAUAGAUUUCCCGAGACAUGACCUCCGGCUUCUCAUUCCUCCCGAACAGGCUGGGGGCUUCUCUCCAAUGGCGGCGCAAGAGGUGAACAUAUCUCACGCGCUUCUUCGCAGUACUAUCGAUUAUCUCCACGUCUUCACAAGCUAUGCUGCAAAGUUCAGUGGCGACCCACCACCCUCUUUGAUCGCCUUUCCGGAUAGAGACGCACCGGCUUUCGUGGACGCGUUAUGGAAGUCGACAAACUUGACCACAACAUUCGAAAACGUGGCUCGCAGUCUCACGAACCAGAUGCGCAACACCUCUCCAAAUCGACUCGAAGGCGUCACACAACGCUGGGUCACACACGUGCGUGUCGACUGGGCAUACAUGGGGUUUCCGGCCGGUAUGCUCUUGAUAGGGAUAAUGUACGUCAUUCUCGUUAUAUUCGAGUCUGCGCGACUGAGAAUACCGGUAUGGAAGGAAAGUGCUCUUCCCACUCUCAUGUAUGGAUUCGAUAACGAGACUCAACGGCUGCUGAGGGAGAGGGCACACUACAAAGGAGAUAAGAAGGUCAAGACGAGUGUGAGAUAUGACCUAGAUGAACAGGAGGACUGUUUGAGAUUGAUGGCUGAUUAGUAAAUGGCUAUUUGGUCUUCUUCGGACGCGUCGAUAUUCGAGGAGGUACAAUCGGUUUAGCGCGUUCUGAAUUGGGAAAGCUUCAAAUCCUUCGGGGCGGCAAUUUUGGAAGGAAGUCGCGUUCUCAUGAUAACGAC